UUUUUAACAAGCUAAACACAAUUUGAAGUUAUGGACAAUUUGUUACCGCUGCUUCUAUUUGUUGCUGGGUGCAUGCACCUCAGCUCUGCUUCAUACCAUGGUUUCGACGAGUCAUCAUAUGGUGGCCAUCAUCCAAUUGAAACGCACUCAGAGGUGUCCAAACAUGUGCCGGUUAAAGUAAUCGAAAAAGUACCACUUUCCAUACCACAUCCCGUGCCGGUGGAGGUGCCGAAUGUGAUACGUAUACAAAUUCCCGAACCUUAUGCAGUACAUGUGCCCGUGGAGCAGGAAAUACAAGUGCCCACAUAUAAUAUUGUGCCGGAGAUCACAGAGAAACGUAUACCCUACACAGUGGAGAAGCCAUAUCCGGUGGAGGUCGAACGUCCCUAUCCCGUCGAAGUGGUGAAGCAAAUUAAAAUUCCCGUACCAAAACCAUACCCGGUGCCCGUCACUAUUUACAAACAUGUCGUGCAGAAGGAUCAUGGUUGGGAUUAGUGUGUGUGUGUGUGGGUGAGUGUAGAGCAGUAAUAGAAGACUGUAGGUGCGUUUGAGAAACUUAAGUUAUUACGCGUU